AUGAUUAUUAUUUUAACCGUUAUUUUUCUUAUCUUGAAUGAUAAAUCACGAAUACAAUUGAUUUCAAGUCAGUUUGAUGGAAGUACACUAUUCGACAUCGAGUUUGUAGUUAGCCGCCGAUCGGAUGCAAUGUAUCACAAUUGUUUUCUCAUUCGAAAUGUGAAUCUCAAACGGAUUGGUUCUGAUGAAUACGAAGGGAGUGAUUAUGUGCGUUUUUGUAUUCGAACGCCUGACGAACAGAGAGUCGCGAAAAAGGCAGCACAAUGUUCUUCUAUCACUGAUCAUAAGUUUACAUUCGAAGCAUUGCAUAGAUCAAAUAGAACUAUUGAAUGGUUAUUGAAUAAAAAUAUUCCACUUGAUUUGAUCGCUGUAUACCAACGAUACGUUCUUGAUCGAACAGGUCAAAGAAACACAUCUAUGUCAGAAGAUCAAGCGUUCAUAUGUGUUUGUGGUUCUGAAGAAACAUUUGGACGAUACUGUGAAUAUAAAUCACCAGAAAACAAAUACGAUCGUACCGAUAAGUUCGAGAAUUUGGUUCUCAUGGUUUGCAAAAGACGUAAAAAAGUAGAGCCUGUAAAUCGUCCGAAAUCAUGUUACUAUCUACUUCCCUCAUGCCUUGAUAGUUUAAAUAGAAAACGGUGUCUCGAUUGGCGCGAUAUCUGUGAUGGUGAAAUCGACUGUGUCGGUGGUGAGGAUGAGAAUCAAUGCAUGAAGUUAGAAAUGAACAGUUACGAUUUUGCCUUCGAAUUUCGUUGUCGAAAUGGCUUAUGUAUUCCUCGAGCAUUUCUCUUCGAUGGACAAUUCGAUUGUUUAGACGGCAGUGAUGAAAAAUUGAAAUUAGAUCAACAACUAUGUUACCAAUCUCUGUCUAUAGAUUGCGAAGAUCAUUUAUGUACCCGAGAUGAAUUUUCCUGUGGAGAUGGUCAAUGUAUACCAUGGUUUGAUCGCUUCAAGCCACAACAGUUAUGUAGGAAUAGAAAUGACGCGUUUUUUAUGUGUGAGCAUAAAGUUGGGCUACAAACCUCGGCAACAACUGGCGAUUGUGAAUUUAGUGAUGCUGAUGAUGAACAUUUACCCUGUGCUGAUUUAAUUCGUGACUACAUUAGAUUGAGCAAGGAGAUUUUAUAUGGAGAGCUGUAUGACAUAAAACAUGAACUAUCGAGAAAAUGUAAAACUACAGAUCAAUUGAUACCAAGUUACAAGCACUUGUAUUUCUUUUCACCAUUUGUCAACGCGUAUUUAACUUAUGAAACAAUCCAAAAAUUCAUUCAUUUAGCCAGUGAUCCAGUUAUGCGCUGGUAUCCAGAUGUAUUUUGCAUGGGAAAUCAAACUGGUCAAUGUGUAACAGCAAAGGAUGCUUUCCGACACCGGUCUAUUCCAUUCGAUAAUUUAUUUAGAAUAAAGUUAAAAGCGAACUCGUGUCAAGAAUAUCCACAGUAUUUUUAUCAAUGCCCCAAUUCAAUUGAGUGUAUUUCAAAAUAUCGACUGUUGGAUGGCUACGCAGACUGCCUCGAUGGAUCAGAUGAAAAUGUCAAAGUCAAUGAUGACAUGUUUCUACACGAUCGAUAUCAAUGUAAAACUGUUCCAGGAAAGAUCAUGGUACAUCUGAUUGGUAAUGGGCAGGCGGGCCGUGCUGAUGGUUCAGAUGAGAAGUACCAACGGAUUAACUGGGGACUCACCCUAUGCGAACAAGCAGAUGAUGUAGGUUGCCAAUUACUUCGACAAGCCAACGAUAGGAUUUUAACUAACAACGAAUUAAGAUUAAAAUAUCGAUAUCUUUGUGAUUCUCUCUGGGAUGCGCCGUAUGGCAUCGAUGAAAUGAAUUGUUCAUUAUCAGGAUGGAAGUGUCCACCGAACUGGAGUCAUUAUGACCGAAAUGACACACCAUUAUGGAACGGAAAUUGUAUUCCACCGCAGAGUAUUUGUGAUGAUAAUUGGGACGCUGCCGAUGGAAGUGAUGAAAUGUACUGUUCAUUUGUAAGCAAAGCAUUUCGAUGGUCAUGUCAAAACGUCACAACAUGGAACUUGAUUGAUAUUAAGAUGAAGCCACAUUUACUUGCAGAUGGAAAAGUUGAUUGUUUAGGAGGUCAAGAUGAACGAAAUACGUUAACAUGUCAGGAUGAGUAUCAAAUCGGUGAACGCUUCCGUUGUUUAAAUGGUACUUAUAUAAACCAACAAUUGCUCUGACCGAAUGCUACUUUUCGCGAUCCAGCCUGUUCAAAAGGAAGUAUCCGCUGCGAUGAAAUUAAAGAAUGCCCUCGGUAUGGCUCUGAUGAACAAACAUGUCAUGCUCCAACAACUUCGACAUAUAAAUAUUCGAGUAACGUCAAGAAAAAAGUUGAAACUACGGAGAAACCCAAUACCGAUGAUUUUGAUUAUACUAUUGAUGAUCAUUUUGUCUGGGCUUGUGAUCGUGGAAUACCAAUCGAAGUAAUAACAUCCAGAACACUACGAUUUGUUUGUCUAUGUUCAUUAAGUUCUUACGGUAGCCAUUGUCAAUAUCAAUCUCACCGUGUAAGUAUUAUCUAUAUAAUAGAAAUGAUCCUAAAUCCAUCGGCAGAGAAUUUCACCAGUAUAAGAGUCGUAACGUCUCUUCAAUAUCAACAUAAAAUAAUUGACCAUAUGAAACUAUCAUUCGAUUGGACAACAUUACCGUUAAAAACAAAACAACGAUUUCGUCGUCACUAUUGGUCAAAAUCUAGUUAA